GAAGAAACAAAAUAAAAGAAAAAGGAAGGGAAAACCCACAUAACCCCCAACCAUCGUCCCUUUUCCUCUACUUUCAGUACUUUGUUGGAAAAAGGCUCAUGCCUUGUCGCCUACCCUUCCCCGACUCGCUAUUACACAGUUAACUCGCCCUCCCUUCACUCACUCCCACCAUGGCUUUCCAUUUUUCUGCUUAAAAGCUCUUUCCUAUUUUUUUCCCCUCAAAUCUCAUCUUUUGAAGUAAAUUAUUUUUAUCAUUAUUCUUUAGAGUAAAAGGGAGAGAUGUAUGUGGUGCCGCCACCCCAGCGAUCGGAUCCGGGUUCCAUCGGCGGCGGGUUGGGUGAUUUACGGGUUUACCAAGCUUGGAAAGGCAGCAAUAUAUUUUUAUUUCAAGGGAGGUUUAUAUUUGGACCGGAUGUAAGAUCAUUAGGGCUGACUAUUUUGCUUAUAGUAGCUCCAGUUUCCAUUUUCUGUGUUUUUGUUGCAAGGAAAUUGAUGGAUGAUUUUUCUCAUCACUUGGGUAAUUCAAUUAUGGUGGUUGCUGUUGUCUUCACUGUCUAUGAUUUGCUUCUUCUAUUGCUAACAUCCGGAAGAGAUCCUGGUAUAAUUCCGCGCAAUGCACACCCUCCUGAGCCAGAAAGUUUUGAUGGAAGUGUAGAUGUUGGGGCUGGUCAAACUCCACAGUUACGAUUGCCACGCAUUAAGGAAGUGGAGGUCAAUGGAAUCACUGUGAAGAUCAAAUAUUGUGACACUUGCAUGCUUUAUAGGCCUCCUCGCUGCUCACACUGUUCAAUCUGCAAUAACUGUGUAGAACGAUUUGAUCACCACUGUCCUUGGGUUGGGCAAUGUAUCGGACUGCGAAAUUAUCGAUUCUUCUUCAUGUUUGUCUUCUCAACAACCCUUCUGUGUAUAUAUGUUUUUGCAUUCUGUUGGGUCUACAUUAGAAGGAUCAUGGCAUCAGAGGAGACAACAAUUUGGAGAGCAAUGAUUAAAACCCCAGCUUCCAUUGUUCUAGUAGUUUACACUUUCAUCGCAAUGUGGUUUGUUGGUGGUUUGACUGCCUUCCAUUUGUAUCUGAUCAGUACAAAUCAGACAACAUAUGAGAAUUUCAGAUAUCGAUACGAUCGUCGAGCAAACCCCUAUAACAAAGGAGUGGUUGAUAACUUCAAGGAGAUAUUUUGCUCCAGUAUUCCAUCAUCCAAGAACAACUUCAGGGAAAAGGUGCCCAGGGAACCUGUGCUACCAACACGACCAGGUGGUUUUAUGAGUCCAAAUAUGGGGAAGGCUGUGGACGACAUAGAAAUGGGUAGGAAGACAGUGUGGGGUGAUAUUGGUGCUGGCACUGAUCAUUGUGAAGGGCAACUCAUAAGUGACCGAGUAAAUGUUAAGGAGGGUGAAUUAGGAGAUUUAUCUCCAGAUAUUAGAAGUACAGUAGAUGACACAGGUGACCGUUCUGGUAUACAUCCCAGGCGGUCUAGUUGGGGUAGAAAAAGUGGUCGAUGGGAAAUGUCACCUGAAGUUCUUGCUUUGGCAGCUAGAGUGGGGGAACCAAACCGAAUCGGUGGAGGUAGCAGUAGCAACAAUUUGAUAACCGAAAGCCGCCCGACAUGACCAAUGUCAUGAUAUUGAAUGUACGAUAUGGAAAAGGGAUUGACUGCUAAGGUUCCGUUUUUCUUGUUUCAAUCAUGUGUAAUAUGGGGACAUAUGUUUUUGGGUUUGGCAGGGCAUUUGAAAGUGUUGGUUUGGCCCUCUGUGCUUUGGGGAAGAACUGGUGUGUAGUAUGUUGUAUGAGAGUGAGGUUUUUCAAUUUGAUUUGUUAGUAUCUAAUUGUAGUGACCUUUUCGGAUUCGUUUUAGUGUCGUAUAAUAUCCUCAUUUCAACUC